UCGGCAGAUCUUCUGAAUUUGGCUCCUGAUUAAAGCUGACAGAUAAUGGAAACAUUUCCUUGGCGAUGUCUCUGGGGCGACUCCUCCGACGUGCCUCUUCAAAAGCUUCCGACCUCCUGACCUUGAAUGCUGGUGGUGGCGGCAGUUCAUCGUCUGUGCUUGAUGGGGAGAUUAUCUACUCCAAGAACAAUGUCUGCGUCCAUCCACCGGAGCUGCUGCAAGGCAUCGGGGAGCAUCAUCCAGGCUAUUUGUGCUUGUACAUGGAGAAGGAUGAGCUACUUGGAACUACGCUUAUCCUCGCCUGGGUGCCCAACUCCCGCAUCCAGAGGCAGGAUGAAGAAGCCCUGCGCUAUGUCACUCCUGAGAGCUCCCCUGUCCGUAAAGCUCCCCGCAAGCGCGGCUGCCAUGCUCAGGGUUUCGGCAUUGUCCGGCAGGCUUCCCCCACCGAGCAGAGAGGGGCAGUGAUCCUGAGAGAAGACAUCUUGUCUGGGUCACAGCUUGGGAAAGAUGUGGCUUACAUCAGCUCCCCGUCUUCGGAAGGGGAGAAGUGCUGCCCCGCAGCAGAUGGCACCCACCGGUGCCCCCAGCCUGCCCGCAGUGACUCGGGAAUCCUAUCGACAGUCAGCUCUCAGGAGGAGCAGAACAGGUCGGAGCUGUCAGUGGAGGGCACGGAGGAAGGUCUGGACUGCAGGCCAGAGCCGGGGGAGGACGAGGGCUCCUUGGAGCUGUCUGCUGAUGACGUGAGCAGGGACAGUACUUUUGACUCUGAUUCUGAUGCCUUCUCUUCCCCCUUCUGCCUCUCUCCCAUUAGCGAAGCCCUCGGGAAAAGCAGCAGUUCUGUGUUUCUGGAUAAUGACAGCAGGGACACGUGUGACCAUCGCAUGACCUGCUCCACCAGCUCUGCCUCCAGCCUCGACACCAGUGCCCAGUUCCCAGAGAAUAACGGGCAAAUGCAGAGCACCAGAUGGGACGAACAGCAGAAGGUAUUUGCCCUCGAGCAGGUCUGUGGUGUCUUUAGAGUGGACCUGGGACAAAUGAGAUCCCUUCGCCUCUUCUUCAGCGAUGAGGCGUGCACCUGUGGACAGCUGGUGGUUGCGAGCAGGGAGAGCCAGUACAAGAUCUUCCAUUUUCACCAUGGUGGCCUGGAUAAACUGUCCGAGGUGUUUCAGCAAUGGAAGUACUGCACAGAGACCCACCUCAAGGACCAGCAGCUGACCGAUGAGAAGACGUGUAUGCAGUUCUCCAUCCGCCGUCCCAAGCUGCCCUCCUCGGAAACCCACCCGGAGGAGAACACGUACAGGCGUCUGGACGUGUCUGCCUGGCUCCGUCACCUGAACGAGUCCGGCCAGGUGGAAGAGGAGUACAAGCUGCAGAAGGCCAUUUUCUUUGGUGGGAUUGAUGUUUCCAUCCGGGGGGAGGUGUGGCCCUUUCUGCUGCGCUACUACAGCUACGAGUCCACCUCGGAGGAGAGGGAGGCACUGAGGCUGCAGAAGAGGAAGGAAUACUUCGAGAUCCAGGAGAAAAGGCUUUCGAUGACUCCGGAUGAACAGAAGGAUUUUUGGCGUAAAGUACAGUUCACAGUAGAUAAAGAUGUCGUGAGGACGGACCGCAGCAACCAGUUCUUUCGAGGGGAGGACAACCCAAAUGUGGAAACUAUGAGGAGGAUCCUGCUGAACUAUGCAGUAUUUAACCCAACAAUUGGAUACUCCCAGGGGAUGUCCGACCUGGUUGCCCCACUCCUGGCAGAGGUCCUGGAUGAGUCAGAUACUUUCUGGUGCUUUGUAGGAUUGAUGCAGAACACGAUCUUCUUCAGCUCGCCCCGGGAUGAGGAUAUGGAGAAGCAGCUGAUGUACCUGCGGGAGCUGCUGCGGCUCAUGCACCCGCGCUUCUACCAGCACCUCGCUUCCUUGGGAGAGGAUGGCCUGCAGAUGCUUUUCUGUCACCGUUGGAUCCUCCUCUGCUUUAAACGUGAAUUUCCAGAUGCUGAGGCUUUGCGUAUGUGGGAGGCGUGCUGGGCUCACUAUCAGACUGACUAUUUCCACCUCUUCAUCUGUGUGGCCAUCGUGGUGAUUUAUGGGGACGACGUCAUCGAACAGCAGCUGGCCACUGACCAGAUGCUGCUGCAUUUCGGCAACCUGGCUAUGCACAUGAACGGAGAACUUGUACUCAGGAAGGCGAGGAGCCUGCUGUAUCAGUUCCACCUGCUGCCCCGCAUCCCCUGCAGCCUGCACGACCUCUGCAAGCUCUGUGGCACAGGAAUGUGGGACAGUGGCUUCAUCCCCGCCGUGGAGUGCUCUGGCCAUCACCCGGCGUCUGAGAGCUGCCCGUACGGGGGACUGGCGGAAGUGUCUUCUCCUAAACCAGGAAGCGAAGGCAAGAGAGGCUUGAAAACACGGGACGUCUUUGCUUUCCGAAAAUAGCUGUAGAGGAACAGGGUGUGACAGCGGAAGAGGGAAGGGCAGGAAGGAUGUGCAUAGGAAAAAUGUCGAAGACGAAAAUGGAGGG